UACAAUAGGGCAUCACUCACAGAAACAUACGCAGAUAGAGAAAAGACACAGAACUCUAAGACAUGGCAGCAGUGGUGGCAGCAAAACCAACAAUCAAAGUGGCGGCUCUAUGUGGGUCUCUUCGUAAAGGCUCGUACAACCGUGGCCUGAUUCGCUCCGCGAUCGAGCUGAGCAAGGGAAUCGACGGCCUGCACAUUGAGUACAUAGACAUAGCGCCCCUGCCGAUGCUCAACACUGACUUGGAAGGCGAGGGAACUUUCCCGCCGGCCGUGGAAGCUUUCCGGCAGCAAAUCAAAGCCGCUGAUAGCAUUCUCUUCGCCUCGCCGGAGUACAACUACUCCGUCACCGCACCUCUGAAGAAUGCGAUCGACUGGGCAUCAAGACCGCCGAAUGUUUGGGGUGAUAAAGCAGCUGCAAUUGUAAGUGCCGGAGGAGGCUUUGGCGGGGGACGAUCACAAUAUCACCUUCGCCAAAUUGGAAUUUAUUUAGACCUUCAUUUCAUUAACAAACCUGAGUUCUUCUUGAACGCAUUCCAACCUCCGGCAAAGUUUGACGGCGACGGCAACUUGAUCGAUGAAUCUGUCAAUGAGAAGUUGAAGGAAGUUCUUAUAUCCUUGCAGGCAUUUACUUUGCGCCUUCAAGGCAAGCAAUGAAAUAAUGUGUGGUGAUUCUCAUGUGAAAAACUAUGUGUGAUUCUUUAUGCCAGGAUUGUCAAUGGACAUUCGGAUUAAUCUUCUUUUUUGUUAUUCUCUGUAUAAUUGAAGUUGGAAAUCAUAUUGUUCUUCUUUGGUGUGUCAA